AUGGAGGCCGUCAAAUUAGUCUCAGAGGAAAGAAUACUUAGCUCAGUAUCUCAUAGCCUGACUCAGGAUGCGCACCAAGGACCUCAGGAUCUGAAGCCUCAGGCUUACCACUGGAUGACUGGACAAACGAGGAAGUCCAUGAAGAUUAUUCUAGUGCUAGCGGUUUUCGCAGUAGCGGCCACAGCCGCGCCGACUGCAUCCGAGACUGAGCAACGUAUCUUGGGUCUUCUAGAAGCUAUUAUUAAUAAAAUAAGACCAGGCAGCCCAAUCUCUGUUGGACCUGCUAUCGUCGAUGAAAGUCCCAUUUCUGUUGGACCUGCAAUCGUCGAUGAAAAACCAAUCGGCGUUGGACCCGUUGUAGUUGAUGAGUGGAACCCCAUCUGGGUCGGCCCUGCCAUCGUUGAAGAAGAAAGCCCAAUUUCUGUUGGACCUGCUAUCGUCGAUGAAAGCCCUAUUUCUGUUGGACCUGUAAUCGUCGAUGAAAAACCAAUCGGCGUUGGACCAGUUGUAGUUGAUGAAUGGAACCCCAUCUGGGUUGGCCCUGCCAUCGUUGAAGAAGAAAGCCCAAUUUCUGUAGGACCUGUCAUUGUUGAUGAAAACCCAAUCUCCGUUGGACCUGUUGUUGUUGGUGAAGAAAGCCCUAUUUCUGUUGGACCUGCAAUUGUCGAUGAAAAACCAAUCGGCGUUGGACCCGUUGUAGUUGAUGAAUGGAACCCCAUCUGGGUUGGCCCUGCUAUCGUUGAAGAAGAAAGCCCAGUUUCUGUUGGACCUGCUAUCGUCGAUGAAAGCCCUAUUUCUGUUGGACCUGUAAUCGUCGAUGAAAAACCAAUCGGCGUUGGACCCGUUGUAGUUGAUGAAUGGAACCCCAUCUGGGUUGGCCCUGCUAUCGUCGAAGAAGAAAGCCCCAUUUCUGUUGGACCUGCUAUCGUCGAUGAAAGCCCCAUUUCUGUUGGACCUGUAAUCGUCGAUGAAAAACCAAUCGGCGUUGGACCCGUUGUUGUUGAUGAAUGGAACCCCAUCUGGGUUGGCCCUGCCAUCGUCGAAGAAGAAAGCCCCAUUUCUGUUGGACCUGCUAUCGUCGAUGAAAGCCCGAUUUCUGUUGGACCUGUGAUUGUCGAUGGAAAACCAGUAGCCAUUGGACCCGUUGUUGUCGAUGAACACGUCGUCUGGGACCCCGAGCUCUAUGAUGAAGUGCCUGCACCUAUUAAUUUACCUGAAAUCCCAGACCACGGAGCACCUAUUAAUUUACCUGCCAUCCCUGAAGACAAACCUAUUACAGUUAAUAUCCCCGGUGGUCCAACUGUCAACAUCAAGAUCAACGUAAACGUAGCACCCCAACAGUUCGAUGAAAUCGAGCCUACUCCUGUUAAUUUCGUCGACUCUGAUGACGUCGUACCAGACGCAGAUGUUUACUACAGAAUGUAAAACAGUUACAUGAGGAACUUUUACUACUACUACAUUUACUACUAAGUCCUUACAAAAUUUGGGACCCACUAUGACAACAAACUAACAGUUACCUCAGUAACUCAUACAAUUAGAGAUUUGUGAUAAUAAUUGUACAUUCAUUUGGA